ACAAUAAAGGGAGUUUCCAUGGCUGGAUCACGCUGGCUGCUCCUGUGAGUCUCUUGUGCACCUCUCACACUCGCUUCAGCAGCGGAGCAGGCGGGGAGUGGUGGUGCGGGUGUGAGUGUGUAAAUUGUGCAACAUGCAGAUGGCAUCCGUGCCCCCUACCCCCUCCAUAGGAAAGAAGUCGGGCGUUUUCCGGAGGAUACCCGGGGACAGGGUGCUGCUGCAAUUGCUGGGAUUGUGCUAGAAGGAAAAGCUUGGAUCUGUCCGUACAUUGGGUCCAUCUCUUGGCUGCAAGUACUGUGCAUUUUCUGUUUAGCUGGGGGUUAGGGACGCAGGGGAGGAAGGACACACUGCUCUUUGCUGGUGGAUAUCUGUGAUUGCCUUGGCCUUCCUUUGCCCAUCAUCAUCAACAUGGGGAACGCUGGCAGUAUGGAUUCUAACCAGACUGAUUUCAGGGGGCACAACCUGCCUCUCAAACUGCCCAUGCCAGAGCCAGGUGAACUGGAGGAGAGAUUCGCCGUCGUCUUGAAUGCAAUGAACCUUCCCCCUGACAAAGCAAGGUUACUCCGCCAAUACGACAAUGAGAAGAAAUGGGAACUCAUAUGUGACCAGGAAAGAUUUCAAGUGAAAAAUCCCCCCCACACAUAUAUUCAGAAGCUGAAAGGUUAUCUUGAUCCGGCAGUACCAAGAAAGAAAUUCAGGAGAAGGGUACAAGAAUCUACUCAAGUUUUAAGAGAACUGGAAAUCUCUCUAAGGACAAACCACAUAGGGUGGGUGAGAGAGUUCCUGAAUGAAGAAAACAAAGGCCUGGAUGUUUUAGUAGAAUAUCUUUCAUUUGCCCAGUAUGCUGUCACAUUUGACUUUGAAUGUUUGGAGAACAAUGUGGAAAACAGUGUAGAUAAAUCCAAACCUUGGAGCAGAUCCAUUGAGGAUUUACACAGGGGAAGCAACUUACCAUCCCCUGUAGGCAAUAGUAUCACUCGCUCUGGACGUCAUUCUACAUUAAGGUAUAAUACUCUGCCAAGCAGGCGGACACUUAAAAACUCAAGAUUAGUGAGUAAGAAAGAUGAUGUUCAUGUUUGCAUCAUGUGUUUACGGGCCAUCAUGAACUACCAGUACGGAUUCAACAUGGUCAUGUCACACCUGCAUGCAGUCAAUGAAAUUGCACUAAGUUUAAAUAAUAAGAAUCCCAGAACAAAAGCACUUGUAUUAGAACUGUUAGCAGCAGUUUGCCUUGUCCGUGGAGGACAUGAAAUCAUCUUAUCGGCAUUUGAUAACUUCAAGGAGGUCUGUGUUGAGAAACAACGAUUUGAGAAUCUAAUGGAACAUUUCAGAAAUGAAGACAAUAAUAUAGAUUUUAUGGUGGCAUGCAUGCAGUUCAUUAACAUUGUUGUCCAUUCGGUAGAAGACAUGAAUUUCCGCGUUCACCUUCAGUUUGAAUUCACCAAAUUAGCUCUGGAUGAGUAUUUGUAUAAAUUAAAGCACACAGAAAGUGACAAGUUACAGGUUCAGAUCCAGGCAUAUCUGGAUAAUGUGUUUGAUGUGGGAGCCCUUUUGGAAGAUGCUGAAACAAAGAAUGCAGCAUUGGAAAGAGUCGAAGAACUGGAAGAAAACAUUUCUCAUUUAUCAGAGAAGCUGCAAGACACUGAGAACGAAGCAAUGGCAAAAAUUGUGGAACUGGAAAAACAGCUCAUGCAACGAAAUAAAGAACUGGAUAUUGCAAAGGAGGUUUGCAAAGAUGCAAAUACCCAAGUACAUACAUUGAGGAAAGUGGUGAAGUUGAAAGAUGAAGCCAUUCAGAGGCAAUCAACACUUGAGAGGAAAAUCAAUGAGCUAGAAAAGCAAGGUUCUAUCAAGGUUCAAAAGAAGGGAGAUGGAAACAUUUCCAUCACACCAAUGGUUGCUUCAGGGUCUGUGCCAUCGGGCUCAGAGGCAACACCUGGAACAGCACCUGGAGGUUCCAAUUCUGGACUUACAAUUCCAUGUGGAACUACUAGUGUACCUGGUGUUGCUGGGGCUCUAUCUUCAACAACAUUGGUUCCACCCUCUUCUCCUUUAUUAGCGUCCAGUUCAGUGCAAAAUGGUCCAGUGUCAGCUCCUUCGCCUCCACCACCUCCACCCCCUCCACCACCCCCUCCUCCUCCACCACCACCGCCACCUCUUCCAUCAACAGAACCUCCUAUUCCUCCACCACCACCUCCACCACCAGGAGCUCCUCCCCUACCAGGAACAGCCUCUCCAACUGUUAUCUUCAACUCAGGACUAGCAGAUGGACCCAUCAAGCUAUUCUCUGUGAAAAUUAAGAAGCCAAUCAAGACAAAGUUCCGCUUGCCUGUUUUUAAUUGGGUUGCCCUUAAACCCAAUCAGAUCAAUGGCACAGUGUUUAAUGAGAUCGAUGAUGAAAGGAUACUGGAGGAUAUAAAUGUUGACGAAUUUGAAGAAAUAUUUAAGACAAAAGCCCAGGGACCAGCUAUCGACAUCUCUUCUACUAAGCAAAAAGUGGCACCCAAGGUAUCAAGUAAAGUGACGUUACUGGAGGCAAACAGGGCCAAGAAUCUCGCUAUCACCUUAAGGAAAGCAGGGAAGACAGCAGAGGAAAUAUGCAAGGCUAUUCAGAUGUUUGACCUGAAGACACUGCCAGUGGACUUUGUUGAAUGCUUGAUGAGGUUCAUGCCAACAGAGGCCGAGGUAAAGGUCUUGCGGCAGUAUGAGCGAGAGAAGAAGCCGCUGGAGAACUUGACAGAUGAAGAUCGAUUUAUGAUGCAGUUUAGUAAGAUAGAGCGGCUAAUGCAGAAGAUGACCAUCAUGGCUUUUAUUGGGAACUUUUCAGAGAGUGUGCAAAUGUUAACACCGCAACUUCAUGCCAUAAUUGCUGCUUCGGUUUCCAUUAAGUCAUCCCUAAAGCUCAAGAAAAUACUGGAGAUCAUUCUAGCCCUUGGAAACUAUAUGAACAGCAGUAAAAGAGGCGCAGUUUAUGGAUUUAAGCUUCAGAGCUUGGACUUGCUUUUAGAGACAAAGUCGACGGACAGGAAACAGACACUGUUGCACUAUAUCUCCAACGUGGUACGAGAAAAGUAUCUACAAGUUGCUCUCUUCUAUAAUGAAAUUCAUUACGUGGAGAAAGCAGCAGCAGUUUCUCUUGAAAAUGUUCUUUUGGAUGUGAAAGAACUUCAACGAGGGAUGGACCUAACGAAAAGAGAGUAUUCUAUGCAUGACCAUAAUGUUAUGCUGAAAGAAUUUAUCCAAAAUAAUGAAGUGAGGCUCAAGAAACUGCAGGAUGAUGCAAAAAUUUCUCAGGAUGCCUUUGAUGACGUUGUGAAGUAUUUUGGAGAGAAUCCCAAAACAACUCCUCCAUCUGUAUUCUUUCCAGUCUUUGUCAGAUUUGUGAAAGCCUACAAGAUCGCUGAUGAGGAGAAUGAGAUGAGAAAGAAACAGGAACUAGCGAUUAUGGAGAAGCUCCUGGAACAGGAAGCCAUGAUGGAUCAACAGGACCAAAAGUCUCCGUCACAUAAAUCGAAGCGGCAGCAGCAAGAGUUAAUUUCAGAGCUGAGGAGGCGACAGGUGAAAGACAACAGACAUGUCUAUGAGGGGAAAGAUGGUGCUAUAGAAGAUAUCAUCACAGUGCUGAAGACUGUGCCCUUUACUGCUCGAACAGCCAAGCGCGGCUCCCGGUUUUUCUGUGACCCCGUUCUCACUGAGGAGUUCCAUUACUAAAAAAAUUACUCUGUUUCACACAUGAUGCUCUUAAAACAAAAGAUCUUAGAAACCAGCCGUACAUAAGAGUUGAUGCCCUGCGGAGAAGUGUGAGAAAGCGUUUUGAUGACCAGAACAUGCGCUCUGCAAAUGGUGCUGAGAUGACUAUUUGAGCUGGAGUAUCAGCCACUGAAGCCAAGGGGUUCUUGGACACUCAUCCUUUUCUAAUGAGCCACAUAUGAUACCAACUAAGGCUCUUUAUGAAAUCAAUAUUGUCUUUGCACCCCCUAAAGAUGUAUAAACUGCAUAUGGGAUUUCCACUCCAUGAAGUCUUUACCUUUGUAACUAACAAGUGCCUAACAGAUAUACCUGCUCAAAUGGAACAAAGCAAUAGGACUUGAUUUGAUCGGGUAUCUUUUUACACCAAUACGUUACUCAGUAUUUUUAACCAAAAUGUAAAAUACAUGUCUUUUUUUUUUUGUUAGGUGGUUCUUAAUGACCUAUGUGUUUGUAAAUAGGUAAUACUAGAGUAUGAUCUGCUGUGGAUUUAGAAGAGGCCUUUAAAAACAAAAAACAAGAAAAACAAAGUGUGUCGUCUGCAGAGAAAUCAUCUAACUCUAUGUCAUUGGGUCUUCAUAAUGAUCCACUGCUGGUAUUUUGAAGACCUUAUUCUGUGUUCCUCUUGGGUGUAAAUUGGAUAUGGUCUAAAAAAGAAACAGGAUUAAUCCGGCUGUCUUGGAGUUAGUUGACGUCUUCGUGUUUGUCAGGAAUUGAUGGUCUUGUUCCUAUGUUGCACUUAACCCCUUUCUGUGUCAGAGAGGUCUACAACACAAUGCUUUGGUGGCCAACCUGCCCCCAAAGUUGCAUAUGGUCUUCAGUAUAAUAAGGGCUUAAGACACGUGAUGGAAGCUAUUGUCAAUGAAACAUCACCAAUCCAUCUAACGAAGAGUCAGGAAACAACUUCCUUUCUUAAAUAUUUUAUGCACAUCCUGAUGUAUGGUCAAGCCAAACUAAUUCAAGAAAAGUCUUGCAUAUCAUGACCACAAGACACGAUGGAUACUAAUAUAAUUAAUGAGUAGGACUGAGAGAUAGAAACCAAGGAGUCAGCCUAGAGUUCUGGUGGCAUCUCAACAACAAAUGGACAUUAUACAUUUUUCUCAUUUAUUUUCUUAUUUAUCAGUAAACAACUAACAACCCAUCAGCGUUAACAGUAUUAAGGCUGAUAAAAGCCUACAUGUACUAAAGGUCAAAAACAUUUGUGUUCAUGUUUUUUUCCCGUGAUUCUUAAGCUUGUGUCAAAAAAGAAUUGGCCUGGGGGAAGUGAAAAUUAGACUGCCUUGAUAAGUCCCUUGUAAAGGGAAUUUCUUUCCUAUAAUUUUCCUUCAAUCCGAGUUACUUGAAGAUGUUACUGGCUCUGCAUGUAGGAUUAGCCUAAGUUGCCAUUGUCUCAGGCUGGUUGGACACUCAAACUUUUCUCAAACUCAACUCAACUUCUAUAUGAUUUUUUUUUUACCUUGAGUUAUUUGCACUCAAUAAAUCUUGAAUAUUAAAGUUUUGCAAAAUCAAGUUUUGAAUAUAUUUGACAUCAUGAUUUUUCACAGCAAAAAACUUGAAUGACGGUAAAAACUGGAAUGUUGCUCAACCUGCCCCAUAGGAUUCGUCCAGAUUUGAAAAAGUGCUAGUAUCUGGCUGAAUCCGGAACAUUAAAUAUUCGCCCCAUAUCUCAUAUCAAAAGCUUGGCUUGCAAGAGUUCAGAGGAAAGCAAAUAGUGAUUAUCUCAGAAUCUCACAAGGGUUUUAUUUAAAUAUAGGCAACAGAGAGCAUGGGGCAAGGCACCCCACCAGACAAUUGUGGUUGAUAUUUAGUGAGCAGGACUGUACAUGCACUGAUCUGAUGGAGUUGGAGUGUCCGGUGCCUAGUGUCCCUGACAGCCACUGUUCUGGGCCUCCCUAGGUGUAGCAAAAGUUUGGGAACCACUAGAACUUUUAUUUUAUAGCCUUUACAGAGAGAGAUUGUACAUCAAUAAACGUUCUUGUUUUUAUUAAAAGGCAUCUGAGGGGGUAAAUUCCAUUUAUGAGAAGUUUUGGGGCGCAAGCUUAAAAUACACUAGAAACAUACAGUUUUCUCAUUAAAAAAAAGUGGGGUGUUCCCCAUAUAUUUAAGGAGGAAGUAAGUUGUUGCAAAAAAACAUUGCUUUCCAUCAAUUGGAACAAUUACACAAGGAGUCAAUAGAAAUAGUUCUGUUUCAGUUUCAAUGCACAAAAAUAUCUUUGCGUCUGUGGGUACCUGAGAUUCGAAUGUACCUUCAGUUCUCCAGUAAUUUUGCCUUCUUAUGGAGUCAAGCAGUUGGGUUUAUAUUUUCAAAAUAAAUACCGUAUUAACCCGAUAAUUGUACAAAUUGUUGUAUAGUAUUUAACCGCUUUGGAGAAGAUUGUUUUAUACUAGUUGAUAAAGUAACAAGGAAUCUAAUAAAUAUUUUGUUGUUCCAAUUUAAAAUGCAUGUGCAAAAAUAAUUAAAAAAAACAAAACUUUUUUUGCACUAUGGCUAAAUUUGGUGGAUCCAUUUCUUUUGUGUUUUCAUCUGUCUAAAUUGUGGUCGGAAUUUAAAUUUCCUGAAAUAUUGUGUAGUUUUAUAAUACUCUGUUUUUAAAUGUACAGAUAUUUUGCUACGGGGGCGGGGGGAAGGGUUGAUGCAAAUUUUUGUUUUUUUUUAUAUACUUUGUAUUUCCAGUCCAUUCCUUGGAUAAUUACUGUAAAUAUUGUUUGAAAUGCAUCAGCCUCUGCUAUUCCAUUGGAAUUUUAUUUUAACUUAUAGUUUUUGUUUUUAUUUUAUAUUUAACUAAAGGAACAGAUUUUUAUCAUGUUGGUGUUUAACUUCUUGCAGAGAAUUUUUUCUGUCCAGCCUACAAUAUCUGUCAUGUAUUUAAAGGGAGAGAAGGGCAGCAAUAGAAAAACAUGUCAUGUAUAAUUGUUAAAAAAAAAUAAAUCAAAAACUGUUUAAUCCAGCACUCAAACACUAAUAGAAGUGAAACUAAGGAAAUUAAUGGCAUACAAUACAAUUAUUGCAGAAGGAAAAGUGCUAUUUACAGUACUAUCUGGAAUGUCAGAAGUAUUGGCAUGUUUUCUUUAGUGUCUUGCUCCUCUUUCCUAGUGAGAUAUUAGAAACGUCUUCUAAAACCAGUUCAUGUUACUUUACUGCUGUCUUUGCAUACGAUCAAAUAAAAUAUUUACACCACUA